AUGAGUCAGAUAGGCCCUUCAUUCAUCGGAUAAGUUUACAAUCCUUAGACUGGAUAGUAUGAGCAAAAAUUGUUAACUUAUAUGUAAGUACCUGUGAUGCAACCAUAGUAUUCGAAUUCAUAAAUUUAUACUGCGCCAACUCUUUAGCAUGCUUAGUCUUCUACUAUUUAUAACGGUUAAAAUGGAAUGGAAAUACCUACUGAAAAUGCAAUUCCUAUGAUGUAGAUACCCGCAACAAUUAAUAUCCCUACUGCUAAUCCUGUUUAAAAUCAAAAUCUUGAAAGGUAAAAGUAAGAAGAAAGAAAGAUAAUAAGUAUGAUUCAUUAAGUGACUGAAUCUAUUAAACCAACAGAAAUAUCAAAUACUUAUCUCUUCUUUUUUGGCAUAAAGGUUUUACUACAAUUUAUGUUCGUGCUUUAUAUGAUCAUUUCUAUUGGCUUUUAUGCAGUAAGACCUAAAUAUGCUUAUGUAAAAGAAGGUGGUUAGUAUUAUUUCAAGGCUACUUCAAAACCUGUUUCAGAUUCUAAUUACUAAUGCACAGAAGCCUAAAAUCGAGAUGUUCUUCACAUCAUCAACUAAGCAGAUUUUUGGGUUUACUUUUGCUCAUUUUUUAUAGUCGCCUAUAAGAUAUUCUUUAUCACAAAAACUACAUCCUAAUUUAAGUAUUUAUGGAAAUAAAAAUAUAUUUCAAACUCUCAAAAGUUUGAUAUCUCUUAUAUUGAUUAUAUCAAUUUAUUUUUUGACUACGUCUUUGUGAUUUCAAUAUCUCCUCUCACAGCUAUUGUAUAUGAAGAAUGUGCAAAUUUGAGGUAUGGUAUUUACACCUUUGGAGCAGUUCAAACAUAUGCGGCCGGAAUUGUUUUCUCAUUGUUUAGUUUUCUUUGCUUAAUCAUCUUAUUAGAGUGUUGUAAAGCUGAAACAUUUGAUAAGCUAAUGUACUAUCCUAUCUUAAUUUUGAUUGUUCUUCCUGCUACUGCUAUUCUUGCUAUGGCAUUAUGCGGAAGUCAUAUUUUAAGUGCACCGGUAAACUACUAUGAAGUAACAACUACAUAUUCAGACGGUAGAUAGGAAACAUCAAUUGUAGAUGAUAGCUAUAAGAAGUUGUUAGUAAUUUUCCCUAUUAUAGGAAUAUUAUUUGUAAUAGCAUUUUUUGGGUGCAUGGUAGUAAUUUCAUUUGCGCUCAUUUUUGCUUUCUGCCAUCCCGCUAUGAUACUUUACUAUAUUUUAACAAUUAUUUUAACAUUCGCAUUUUUGUACAAAAAUAGAAAAGGAACGGAUUAUAGAUAAUAAUUAGCAAGCUUAUAUUCACUAAAUGCUCUUAGAAAUUAAUAUACAAACAGAUUUAAUGAAUAAUUUGACAACUAAAGAUUUGAUCAAUAAAAUUGUGUUAAAAAUUCAAAAUACAGCACCUUUUAGGCUCAAACUAACCAAUACAUUGAUAGACCAUCUGUAGUCUUAUAUUAAUAUAAUGCCAGAUAAACUUGUAAAAAUAUCAAAUAAUACUAAACUUUUUACUAAGGGGUUAUUUUAGAAAAAUAACAUAGAAUGUAUCAAGCAUAAUAUAAUAAGCCACCUAUAAACGAAGUUUAAGUUGUGUGA